AUGUCUAUCGUGUCCUGUCCUCCGACGCCCCAGGGGGUGGUUCAUGCACCAUGCCCUAAGCGUCCGCUGCGCCGGGCACAUCUCCAUGUGGUGAUUGAUGGAUUCUUCCUCCGUAAACCAUGCCUCCUUCAACAGCCGGCCCCCUUUAGUACUAUCCUUUGCCAGGACCUGAACCUGGUCGAAGUCAAAGCGGUGGCCACUUUCAGCCAUAUGAGACCAGACCUGCGAGUGCUGUUCCCCCCUUCUUACCACCAACUUAUGUUCGUGUAUCACCGCGACGCCGAGGAAGCCCUGGACAGCUUCGAGGCCCCCGAGAGCCAGGACGAUGAGGACAGCGGCGACCUCAAGCGCCUCUGCCUGCAGGAGGACGGGCGCAAGCUGGGCUGGUGGUCCAGCUGGCAGCCCAAGGUCUGGGCGCUCUUCGAAGACCCCUACUCCUCCAAGAUGGCCCGGUAUGUGGCCUUUGCCUCCCUCUUCUUCAUCCUCAUCUCCAUCACCACUUUCUGCUUAGAGACCCAUGAGACUUUCAAUCACUUCAAAAACAAGACAGAAAUCAUAAAGACGGGGAACAGUACCAGCAUAAAGGUGGACUAUGAGAUGGAAACAGAACCCUUCCUCACCUACGUGGAAGGGAUGUGCGUCAUCUGGUUCACUUUUGAGUUUCUCAUCCGCGUCAUCUUUUGCCCAGACAAAAUGGAAUUCAUCAAGAGCAGCCUCAACAUCAUCGACUUUGUGGCCAUCCUGCCCUUCUACCUGGAAGUGGGCCUCAGUGGCCUCUCAUCCAAAGCAGCCAAGGAUGUGUUGGGCUUCCUGAGGGUGGUAAGAUUUGUCCGGAUCCUAAGGAUCUUCAAGCUGACCCGGCAUUUUGUAGGACUGAGAGUCCUAGGUCACACACUAAGGGCCAGCACCAAUGAGUUCUUGCUCCUCAUCAUCUUCUUGGCCCUAGGGGUCUUGAUCUUUGCCACCAUGAUCUAUUAUGCUGAAAGGAUCGGUGCUGACCCAGACGACAUAACGGGCAGCAAGCACACUGUCUUCAAGAACAUCCCCAUUGGGUUUUGGUGGGCUGUAGUGACCAUGACGACUUUGGGCUAUGGUGAUAUGUAUCCUGAGACUUGGUCAGGCAUGUUGGUGGGAGCACUGUGUGCCUUGGCUGGUGUGUUGACCAUUGCCAUGCCUGUGCCAGUCAUCGUCAACAACUUUGGCAUGUAUUAUUCGCUGGCUAUGGCCAAGCAGAAACUACCAAAGAAAAAGAACAAGCACAUCCCACGAGCCCCCCAACCCGGCUCACCCAACUACUGCAAACCGGACAUGCAGUCCCCUCAUCGCAGCAACCAGGGUGACUCAUGCCCCCUGGCUCAAGAGGAGAUAAUCGAGAUUAAUCGGGCAGAUUCCAAGCAGAAUGGCGAUGCAGCAAAUGCAGCUCUGGCUAAUGAAGACUGCCCCACAAUUGAUCAGGCCCUGUCACCUGAGGAGAAGUCACCUGUCACACCUGGUGGCCGAGAGCGCUAUAAUCGUGACCGAGCCUGCUUCCUCCUCUCCACAGGUGAUUUUGGGCAGUCACCUGAUGGAAACAUCCGAAAAGGCUAUGAGAAGUCCCACAGCCUGAACAGCAUUGCUGGUCUACCUCCAUCUCCAGCAUCCCCUUCCUUUGGCUCACCUGGUUCCGUCCGACGUCCUCGCUCGCCCAUCCCUUCCAUACUCUAG